AUGGCUUCAACUCGUACAAUCCUGGUCUUUCAGCAUGAUGCCAGUCUCUACACACUUGAAACCAUAGUUACGGCCGUUUCCCCUUUCAAUUCCCUCGAAGCAUCCAAUCGUCAACUCUUCAAAGACGCCAGCGAGGAACAUCAUGUCAUUGUGACCGAGAAGACUAUUUUUCACCCCCAAGGGGGCGGUCAACCCUCCGAUACGGGUGUGAUAAAAGGUUCAUCUGGUACUUUCACAGUCACAGCUGUUCGCACGGAUGCCAAUGGACAGGUGCUUCACUUCGGACUUUUCGAGGGCUCAUCUGCUUUCAACAAAGGCGAGACAGUUGAGCAAGCAAUUGACGUGGAAAAGCGUUUAUUAUAUUCCCGUUUGCAUACUGCAGGACAUGUACUAGGGGCAUCGGUCCGACACCUUUUGGAGAAAGAAAUUGAGAACUUCGAUGAGCUGAAAGCCUCACACUUUCCCGACUCGGCAGCAUGUGAAUUCCACGGCAUAAUUGAAGGGAAAUGGAAGGGGUCUAUCCAGAACAAACUGGAUGGAUAUAUCGCUGCCAAGAUGCCAGUUCAAAUCGAAUGGUGGGAUGAAGAGGAUUUCCGCUCACGUGGAUUGGAGCGAUUGAUUCCCGAUCGCAGCUUGGUGCCCGAAGGUGAAAAAUCUCGUGUGGUUAACAUCGUUGGAGCUGAAGUGUACCCUUGCGGAGGCACGCAUGUCGAUACGACAGAUUUGUGUGGACCUGUGACCGUGAAGAAGAUUUCAAGAAAACAAGGAAACUCACGAGUCAGCUAUGAGGUGAAUUGA